UGGGGAGUCAGUCUUCUCUUGCGAGACUCGUCGAAGCAAAGCAGUGUGGAGCCCGAAUUUGUGUGAUUUGUCGUAGUCGCGGGCCACCGUUCACGAUGUCUACCAGCGCGCCGGCACCGAAGAAGGCGAAGAAAGCUGAAGGGUCUGCGGCGUCGGGCGACGGCGACGAGAGCAGGGAUUACGACGCUGAGACUCAGAAGGCGCUGGAAGAAAUCGACGCCUGUCAGAAUGAGAUAGACGCGCUCAACGAGAAGGCCAGCGAGGAGAUCUUGAAGGUGGAACAGAAGUACAACAAGUUGAGGAAACCGUUCUUCGAGAAGAGGAAUGACCUAAUCAAGAAGAUUCCAAAUUUCUGGGUGACAGCCUUUGUGAACCAUCCACAGAUCUCUGCCAUCCUUGAUGAAGAGGAGGAAGAGAGCUUGCACUUCCUGUCUAAGCUCGAAGUGGAAGAGUUUGAGGACAUCAAGUCUGGCUACAGGAUCAAGUUCUACUUCGAUGAGAAUCCUUACUUUGAGAAUGAUGUGCUCAUCAAGGAGUUCCACCUUGGUUCUUCUGGGGACCCAGCAUCCCAGUCGACACCCAUCAAGUGGAAGGAGGACAUGGACUUGACCAAGCGGCACAAGCAGCGGCAGUCGCAGAUGAAGAGCAGUCGCAAGAGGGCGCACGAGCAGCCGCGCACCUUCUUCAACUGGUUCACCGACCACGGGGAUGCCUCUGCCGAUGACAUUGCCGAGGUGAUCAAGGACGAUAUGUGGCCGAACCCCCUUCAGUACUUCCUUGUUCCAGACAUUGAAGUCGAGAAUGGACUCGAAGGUGAUGAAGACGAGAGUGAUGAAGAGGAGGGUGGGGAUGCAGUAGUGGUCGUAGAAGAGGAAGGUGAUGGGGAUGAGGAUGAUGAAGAUGACGAGGGGGAGGAUGACGGUGGGGACCUGGAAGGGGAAGGUGGUGACGGGGACGACUGAGCCUGGGAAGUGCGCAUCAGGGGGUCGGAAGGGGGCAAAGGGGAGGACAGCUGUGCUGCCAUCUGGUUCAUGGAGGGGGAGACAGCCCUCUCCUGCCGCCUUCAUUCAUUGAGUCAUUCAUCUCUUCACCCUGUGGGGAAGGGGGGCCUGACACACACGCCACAGGAAAUAUUACUGAGAUGCGGGGGCAAGAUAAGGUGGGCAUACGCGCUGUGUGGAAACGCGUACACACAACAUUAUACACAAGUGAUGAACACACACCUGCAUGCAUUACCUUCUCUACCACCACCAACCACCGCCAGACCUCUCUUCUCUGACCUCGAGUCCCGGAAAGAGCAUUUGUUGUUUCCUUUUUUUCUUUCCCCUCUUUUUUUGUUACCACAUGUGCAUAGAAUUCCAUAACUUCGUCUAAGCUUUCUGUUUUUGUUUUAACUGUUUUUCUCUGACAAUAAGUUGCUCUUUCUGUUCUGCCAUUAUAAAGGAAGGAAAGGCAGAAUUGUGCCACUUAGUUUUGGUUUGGUAGCAUUAGCCUGCCUGGACAUACGCAAGUGAGCAUCUAGCUUGCUACUUAUUUUUGUAAGCAAUCGUCUACAGCUGGUGUUAAAGGUAUCAGUCUGUUGUGGCACUCAAUGCUAUUGGCUUGUUCUUGCUUUUUUGAGGUCACGGUUGCUACAGCAGCCGUUAACUGGGAAGCAUGGCUCUGCGCAGUACCUGCAAGGAGGGUUUUUCAUUCCAUGAGUUGCGACUCUUUGAGACAGGGCAGGUACACCUGCUACCAAACCAACACAAGCAUGGGACGUCGUCGUGUACAAGGACUCCUUGGGAAGUCCACGUAUUUAGUUGUAUUGCAGAGCUACUGUAAGCAGUCUGACUGGGAAGUGGUUUUGUUUCCUCAUUGGCCUAUCUCUUUUGUGGGAAUUAAGCACUGGUCCCCACAGCCUGUCACCCAAACCCAUCAUUAUUUGUCCCAUCGCAGUGUAAAUUUGACUACAAAUAAUUCACCUUGCACACCUCCGUGGAAAAAAAAAGUGGCACUUCUGUUUUUCCGGAGUCCUUUCUUUCCCAUUGUUUUGUUUUGGUUUAUAAAAAAUACUGAGAAAGAAAUGACCUCCUUUUCACAGUGUGAAUUUUUUAUAUUGGUGUAAUGGUCAUUAGUAUAAAAAUAAAAGCUUUCCAUCCUCA